AUGGGCUUAAAAGGUAAAUUGAUUGUUUCAUUGGAAGUAAAGUGUGGAGGACACUCGGUUCAUGAUAUUUUCCACACUAAUACCCAUCAUCUACCCAAUAUAAGCCCUAGCAGACUCAAACAUUUCGAGAUUCAUGAAGGUGAAAUUGGAAAAAUUGGUUUGGUUGUUAGCUGGAAAUAUUAUGAAGAUGGAAAAGAAAUGUUUUGUAAGAGUGUGGUCGAAGCCAUCGAUCCUCCGAAGAAUUCAAUCACUUGGAAAGCGAUUGAAGGACAACUUUUAGAGUUGUAUAAUUCUUUCACUGCUAUUACAUCUUGUGAAGAUUGGACUACAAUUGCACUUGUGUACGAGAAGAAAACUGAAGAUACCCCAGAACCCCUAGCUUUCUUGUAUUAUUUCGUUGGUCUCACCAAGGAUGUUGAAGGUCACAUUCUCAAGAAAUAG